UUCAUAAUGUCUACAACAGAUUUUUCUGACAGUGACAUGGAUAUAGACCCUCUUGAUGAAGUAUUCUCCGAAGCAGCAAGUCAUUUACAAACAAUUCAUCACUCCAUCGAAGUAACUGAUCUUUUAGAAAUAUACGGCUUGUAUAAACAGGCUACUGUCGGCCGCUGUAAUACACAAAAACCAAGUGUUUUCAAUAUGCAGAAUCGAAGCAAGUGGUGUGCGUGGAAUGAUUUGGGCGAAAUGUCUUGCGCAGAGGCAAAGCGCUUAUAUAUUGAGAAAGUACAAAAGGUCGACACGAAUUGGCAACCGAAACAUAAAAUUUCUAAUAAGCAAACAUCUUCGGUAGGCUGGGUCGUUCAUUCCAUUCCUCAGCGGCAAGAUGACUCAGAUCAAAAAGAGGAACAUGAAAAAAAUGCUUUUGAUUACAUCAAAGAAGGGAAUUUGGUUCAACUUCAAAAAACCUUAACAUCGGAAGCUCUGGAACUACUAGAUGAAAAUGGUAUGGGGCUUAUACAUUGGGCAACUGACCGUAAUGCUGCAGAAAUAUUAAAACAUCUUAUUGCAAAUGGUGCAGAUGUUAAUUUCCGCGAUUCUGAGCAGCAGACGGCUCUGCAUUAUGCAGCCAGUUGCGGCCAUGUUGAAUGUAUACGUAUUUUGCUCGAUGCAAACGCUGAUCCCUCAAUAAAAGAUGCUGAUGGAAAAUCGUGUCUCGAUGCUGCCGAUAAUACAGACAUUUAUGAAUUGCUAAAAUUUGAUUUGAAUUGAUAAAAACCAAAGCUUAUUUUAUAAGUUGUUUGCUUACCUUAUAUUUUCGCACAUAACGUUUAAACUGGUUUUAUUUUAAUCAAAUUAAAGAAAAAAUAUUUUCGGGCUCGAUUUGUUUAAAUAAAAUUUCCUUGUUUAUCGAACAAAAAAGUAA